CACAAAGCAAGUCAUUUCCUGAACUUGUUGCACCAUAGUCAGCGUUUCUUCCCACAACCAAAAGGGAACAGACUGAUUUUAAGAGAGACAACAGGGAGGGGCAGGUUUACAGAGUAGAACACAACUGCAUUUGAACAUUGUUAGCCAUCAUUGGAACUAUGUCCCUUGUAGAGACCAUUGCACUCUGGGACGAAGCUGUUGCCGCUGCUGAUAAGAAGGACUGGAAAGCUGCCUUGAAGUUAUUCACAGCUGUUCAUGACCCAAAUUCCAAAAUAUGCUUCAACAUUGGCUGUUUGCAUCUUGUGCUUGGAGACCUGGAUGAAGCUGAAAGGGCUUUUGACAGCAGUAUUGCCAAGGAUGAACAUUUGGCAGUGGCUUUCUUCCAACGAGCAAUCACUUUUUACAGAAAGGAAAUGUAUGAAGAUGCCCUCAGAGAUUACAAAGAAGCUUUCAAUCAGCUGAGAGGGAAUAGUCUGAUAGAUUACAAGCUUCUGGGCUUCAGGUUCAGGCUGUGUGCCUGUGAGGUGUUGUACAACACAGCUCUUGUUCAUGCCCAGCUGAACCAAUGGCAAAUGGCAGAGGAAUUCCUUACAAAGGCAGCCAGUUACAAGACAGAAUAUUCACGAGGUAAUACUGAACGAGCUCUGGAUGCCAUUAUGAAAAAGAAGCUAUUUGACCCCCUGGUAGUGCCUGUUGGAGAACUGUUCAGACCUAACAAACAGCAAGUAGCACAACUGCAAAAACGGGAUUUCUUGGGAAAAGAUAAAGUCAAGGUUGUGGCAUCUGUUGUGGACAAAGAUACAUUCUCCGGCUUCGCAGGAGUUCAGCCACAGGCAGAAGAGGCUCCUGUGAAACCAAAGACUCCAGAAACACUCAGGGCCCUAGAAGGAGAACCCCACAGAGUUCUGUUUGAAUUCACAGCAAAAACAGCCAAGGAGCUGAAUGUCUUGCCUGGCAACAUUGUGUUUUUAUUGCACAAGGACAGUGACAACUGGGCCACCGUUGUGUUCAAUGGGAAGAAAGGAAUAGUUCCCUUCAACUACCUGGAAUCUAUCAAACUGAAUGUGGGACGUAAAUCCUCACAGAGUGGAGAGGCCCAGGCUCCAGAUAUUCCACCGCCACCCACUUUAACAGCACCCUAUAAACCUGAAGGACCUCAAGAGAUCACUGGCUCCAUAACCAGAACUGAGCAGAAACCCAAGAGAGAAUACAUACAGGUUCCAAAGCCCUUUGUUCUGAAAAUCCACUGUAAGUUUACUAUUGCAGUACAAAUAAAACCUGGAGUAGCAUAUAAUACUUUGCUGGAUGUGGUUUGUAAGAAACUGGCGCACCCACCAGAAGCUGUGACUCUGAGCUGUAAGGCAAAAGAGACUGGUGAACUGAUAACUUUCACUGAAGCAAACAUUAAGACUGUGUGGGACCAGGCUGCAAAUGGACGACUUACUAUUUGGUGCAAAACUGCACAGGGUUAUGGCAAGCCUCUUGAAAAUGGCAUUAACGCAGAUAGCUGUGCUACAGAGAAGUUCAUCUCGCAGAUGGUAGCACUUUACAGCUUUGAGGGUUCACAACCAGAAGAUCUCUCAUUCCAGAAAGGAGACAUCAUCGUUAUUCUUACAGAAGUGAAUGAAGACUGGUCAGAAGGUCAGUGCAAUGGAAAUGUGGGCAUAUUCCCAACAUGCUUUGCACAAGCCUGUCAUUCCCAAAGGAAAGGAAACUGAAACAGAAGAAUAUAUUCAACUAUCUCUUGAUUUUGUCAUGAUUUCCAGAAUUUCUGUACUUUUUUCUUAAAUGCUGUAUUGCUUUCUUCAACUGUUUUAAUGAUCAGUAUUUUGCUGAGAAAAAAAACUUAAAACAAUUUUCUUAGUGUGUUACUUGAUGUGAAUGUAUUUAUUAUAAUAUGAUAAAUGUCAUAUGGUUUGCAAUUAGUUUGAGUGUUAUGUGCCUGGUGACACACACAGUUAAAAUAUACAUUUUAAGUUUAUGAAGUAUAUAACUCUACACUGAGAAAGCAAAAUAAUAGCCAUUAAAACUUACAGAAAUCAUCUA